AUGUAAAAGCCCUAAAGGCGCCGAAACGCAACAAUUUUAUUAGGGCUUCUCUUCUCUUCUCUUUUCUUUUUUCUUUUAUAAAUAUCACACACAAUCACACACGAGACGCACAAACAAAAAACUCUCUUCCGUCUCUAUAUAUAAUCAUAUAUAUCGGGGGGUUUUUUAGGGUUUCUUUCGUCGGCGAUCAUCAAUGGCGGAGGAAAAGGCUACUCGAUCCAAGGGCGUUGUCACCAAAUUCAACGAUCACAAGGGCUACGGAUUCAUCCAGCCGGAGGAAGGAGGCGAAGAUCUGUUCGUCCAUCAAACCGCCAUCAAAUCUGACGGCUACCGCACCCUCCGCGAGGGCCAGGAGGUCGAGUUCACCAUCAUCCUAGAAGGCGAAAAGACCAAGGCUGCUGACGUCACCGCCCCCGGAGGCGGCCCCGUCGACACCACUUCUCGGAGGGGGAAUAACAGCAACAGCCGCGGCGGAGGCUUCGGAUACGGCGAUCGGAGAAAUGACGGCAAUGGAUAUGGUUAUCGGAGCGGCGGAGGAGGUGGAGGAGGCGGUGAGUGCUUUAACUGUGGGGAGUUUGGUCAUAUGGCUAGGGAUUGCCCUAACGGAAGCGGAGGUGGAGGCGGAGGGGUAGGCGGUGGAAGUGGUGGGGGAUGUUACAGCUGUGGAGGGUUUGGUCAUAUGGCGAGGGAAUGUCCUAGUGGAAAUCGCGGAGGCGGCGGCGGCGGCGGUGGUGCCGGCGGGGCUUGUUUCACCUGCGGGGAGCCAGGUCAUAUGGCGAGGGAUUGUGUGCGCGGAGGCGGCGGAGGUGGACGUGGCGGUGGCGGUGGCGGUUACAGCCGUGGAGGUGGCGGUGGUGGUGGUUUUGGAAGGUUUAGCGGCGGUGGCGGCGGUGGCGGCAACUGUUUCAGCUGCGGGGAGUCUGGACACUUCGCCAGGGAAUGCAAAAGCACCUCGUGAAUAAAUCGACUUUUAUUGGUUAUUGGUCUCUCUUUUUUGAUGGUUUUUUAUUUACGGAUGGUUUAUUAUGCUGUUACUAUGGUUUCUGCUCUAUGUUUGGUGGGUUUAUUAUACCUAUAGAAUGGUGCUCUUAUAAUGUCCUGGAAUGGUUUUUUGCUAGAAUUGUUGUCAUGCGAUCCACUGAUUUGUGAACCGAUAUUUUCCCCGGUUGGUUGGCAAGUGUAUAAUAUGGUGGUUCGGUUUCUUGGCU